AUGGCGUUUGUCGAUUAUGCCGCUGAAGAUGUAACUCGAUUAUUACCUCCCCAUAAUGAUCAUCCGACAUUUUUAACUUUAAUACCGGAUACUUACACUUCAUGGAUGGCCACCAGAGCAUCACGCCUAACUCCUUCAGGUCAAUGGAAAAAUGGUUAUCUCGUCGAGCUAUUCCAUCACUUCAACAUGACUGCCUUCGAAGCUCAACUGGUUAUUUUAGUAGCAGUGCUUUUAACCCUUGCUCGCUACUGGAUCACCAAGUUUAUUGCCUUUCCGCUAGCCAACUGGUUAAAGUUAAGUAAUCUUAAUCGAAGAAAAUUUCCUGAAAGCUUUUGGAAAUUUUUUUUUUACUUAUUUUCAUGGUCUUACUGUUAUCACGUUGUAUUCCAUGCCGGUUAUUCUAUCUUUACGGAUUCCAAGACUUGCUUUCAAAACUAUGAUCCUCAAGCUCUGCCCAAAGUGGAUAUUCUCAUGGUAUACUUGAUUCAAGGUUCUUUCUACAUCCACUCUCUGUACGCCACAUUGUACAUGGAUGAGAGACGCAAAGAUACGUGGAUGAUGAUUCUACAUCAUAUCUUAACCGAUACCUUGAUUGGAUUCUCUCAUGCUUUCAGAUAUCAUAAUGCUGGAGUACUGAUCAUUUUCACUCAUGAUGUAACCGACAUUUGCCUCGAGUUUGCCAAAUUAAUGCAAUACUUAAAGUUACGCGAUGGCAAAAUCCACCAGCUAUUCGAGUACCUUUCCAAUUUUGGAUUUGUCAUAUUUGCCAUUACAUGGGUUGUAUUCAGACUGUAUUGGUUCCCUCUUAAAGCCUUACACACCGUAGGUCACUCGGCUGCCUAUUUUGCACCUACUGCGCCUUGUAUGCCAACUUUUGUAGUAUUACUUUGGAUUUUGUUCACAAUGAAUGUAUACUGGUUCAGCUUUAUAUUUACAAAAUUCAUCGGUGUGGUAUUUAAGAAUGAGAGAGAAAUCCGGGAUACACGGGAAGAUGAAGGGGAAGAAAUCCUCGAUCUCCAAGAACAUGUCAAAGAUGCCAAGAAGUUUCCUAAAGAGAAAACAGCAACAAAUAAUAAUUCAAAUCAUACUAGCAAAAAAGAUUCUGUCCGACGUCGCCAUUAA